AGAUCUGUGAAGAGCAACCCCAGUGUGGAGUUCAGAUAGAAAUACCCUGAGCUGACAAGCUGCCACCAGCCAUGUCUGCUGCUUCUCUCAUUUGAAGUGCUGGUGGUCAUUUUUACCUCUCCCGUUUUCCUACCACACGCCUGUGUAUUCGCGCUCUCUCUCCCCCUUCCUCCUUUGUUGCAUUUUUCAGUUUCUUGGGAACAGAUCCAAAGCCUUAUUAAUUACCUCACUCUUCCCAUGUCCCCCAAGGCUGACCUCAGGUUUUUGCAUAGGCUCCCCUUUCAGAUAAUUGAGUUAAAUAUAGAGUCUGUAGCCUAGACAAAGGAGGACCUCACUACGGUUGGGGAUGGGCUUGGCAACAUUAAGAAAGAGCUACAGGUCUAUCCCUGGCUUUUUGAAGACAACUGGGAGGGCCAGAGUACCCAGAAUUCUUGUAUCUGUUGCCUCCUAAGGAGUCUGAUGCAUGCAGCUGAGAACAACAGAGACUCUCUCAAAUAGGUGGAAGGUUCCAGUCAUUUCUCCAUACUGUUGCUAGCUGGGAGCAAGACUUCAAAGCCACUUUUGAUGGGAACACUUCCUAUGCAAACCACGAGGGCAGAUGACCACUGGUGACUGCCAGACUCUCUCAAGAAGAAUUUCUAAUCCAUACCUUGAACAUAGUCCUUCUCAGAUUUAUGGAGAGAAUUCUUCCUGUGCAGGAAGAGCAUUAAGGAAUAUUAUUAUCCUUCAAGCAGCUGACCUGGUAAAGGACAGAGUGAAUCUCAAGGGGUUUUACAGGAGAAGCUGUGUGGGGUCAGAGCUGGUCGACUGGCUCCUGGAACACUGUCCUUUUGUCCAGUGUAGAUCUAUGGCCAUUGGAGUCUGGCAGCUCCUACUGGAUAUGGGGAUUAUGUCAUCCGUGGACCAACAUCUAUACUUUCAAGAUAAUUAUGUUUUCUACCAGUUUUCUUCGGAUGAGUGCAGCUACUUGUACUGCGAAUUUGAAAGAGAGGAAGAAUGGCAGAAGGGAGUGAAGCUAUUGCUGGAGCUUGUGCAUCUCAUUCCUGCAAGAGCUGGCAUCUGUGACCUGUCUCACCAGAAAACGGAAGACUCGGAGGAAAGCAGUGAUGAGAUUCUUGCUCGGCUAACAUCUGCGGUGCAGAGAGAGCUGGCGGCUGUUAUUGCUUUGAAAGCAAGAAAGUCUGCAAUUGAGCAAGAUGAUGAAAACGCUGACAAGCAUGUAACCGUGACGGAGGCUAACAACGGUCCCGAUCCUCAGGCUGGGGUGAUGUGCAAGCUUCAAGAGAGAGAUGAUAUCGGACGUAUUGAGCUGGUCCACAAGCUGGCAAGAGAAAACUGUCAGUUUUUACAGACAGAAAAAAAAGAAUCGGAGAAGUUGGAACAGCAAGAUGAUGAAGUGACGAUGGUUCAGGUUAAAGAGCAAGGCCAGAGUGUGCUGGUGCUGAAGAAAGUAGCAAGCUGUGGCCCAGCCCCCACCUCAGGGAGUGCGGAGAACGACGCGAGAUAUGUGGUGGUGUCUGGUACCCCGGAGAAGAUCUUGGAGCACCUUUUGAAUGACUUGCACCUGGCAGAGGUUCAGCACAAAGAAACAGAAACACUCCUUGAUGACUUCCUCCUCACGUACACCGUAUUCAUGACAACUGAUGACUUGUGCCAGGCGCUGCUAAGACACUAUUCUGCCAAGAAGUAUCAAGGGGAAGAAGAAAACUCAGAUGUCCCUUGUCGGAAGCGCAAGGUCUUACAUCUGGUUUCCCAGUGGAUUUCUCUGUACAAGGACUGGCUACAUGAAGAUGAGCAUUCAAAAAUGUUUCUAAAGACCAUAUACAGGAACGUGCUGGAUGAUGUCUAUGAGUACCCGAUUCUUGAGAAAGAGCUGAAAGAGUUUCAGAAGAUACUUGGCGUGUACCGCCGUCACACUGUUGAUGAAUACUCACCACAGAAGAAGAAUAAAGCCCUUUUCCACCAAUUCAGUCUUAAGGAGAACUGGCUCCAGCACAGAGGAACUGUGGCAGAAACAGAGGAAAUUUUUUGCCACGUGUAUAUAACGGAGCACUCCUAUAUCAGUGUGAAGGCAAAAGUGUCGAGUACAGCCCAGGAGAUCCUGAAGGUCGUGGCCGAGAAGCUGCAGCGUGCCGAAGAGGAUCUGGCUCUGGUAGCCAUUACAUUCUCUGGAGAAAAGCAUGAAUUUCAGCCAAAUGACUUGGCCAUUUCCAAAUCCCUGGAGGCAUCUGGUCGGAUAUAUGUCUACCGAAAAGAUCUGGCUGACACUUUGAAUCCUUUGGCAGAAAAUGAGGAAUCCCAGCAAAGGUCAAUGAGGAUUUUGGGGAUGAACACGUGGGACCUUGCUCUGGAAUUAAUGAGUUUUGAUUGGAGUCUGUUCAAUUCAAUCCACGAGCAAGAGCUGAUCUACUUCACAUUCAGCAGACAGGGGAACGGAGAGAAUACUGUGAACCUCAGCCUUCUGCUCCAGAGAUGUAACGAGGUCCAGCUCUGGGUAGCCACAGAGAUUCUGCUCUGCAGCCAGCUAGGCAAGCGCGUGCAGCUGGUGAAAAAAUUCAUCAAGAUUGCAGCUCACUGCAAAGCCCAACAGAACCUAAACUCUUUCUUUGCCAUCGUGAUGGGUCUCAACACCGCCUCUGUCAGCCGGCUAUCACAGACCUGGGAGAAAAUCCCUGGGAAGUUUAAGAAGCUUUUCUCUGAACUUGAGAGUUUAACGGAUCCUUCCCUAAACCACAAAGCCUACAGGGAUGCGUUCAAAAAGAUGAAGCCACCAAAAAUCCCUUUCAUGCCCUUACUGCUUAAAGAUGUAACGUUUAUUCAUGAAGGAAAUAAAACAUUCUUGGAUAAUCUCGUCAAUUUUGAAAAGCUGCACAUGAUUGCAGACACUGUCCGAACCCUGAGACACUGCAGGACUAACCAGUUUGGAAGUGACGUGUCUCCAAAGGAGCAGCAAGAGCUGAAGUCCUAUGUCAACCACCUGUAUGUCAUCGACAGCCAGCAAGCCCUGUUCGAGCUCUCUCACAGGCUGGAGCCUCGAGCCUGAGCUGUGCCAAUGCAUCUGCCCUGCAUCUGCAACUCUUAGAGCAAGCAAAGGCCUCCGUUCAGCAUGUUGCUUCCUGUAAUAAAAGAGGUUGCUGAGUUUUAUCAGCAUACCAUGAGACAAGUGCAGGAAAGCCAGCCAAAGCACGUUCAGGAAGUGAUGUCAGCCACCAGAGGCGAGAGAGCUCCCCCCACUGCUGUCAGGGAGAAGACAGGAGUCAGAGCAUCCUUGGAACAGGGUCUUCCUUAUGAUGACGAUUUCAUUCCAGUCCAAGUUUCAGCUUAUGAGGUGCCAGCAUUAGGAGGUGAUUGCUCAUAUAGCAAGAAGGACUGUCACUCUGCCUGGUCACCUUACUGCUGAUUGGCUGUCUGCUCACCUUAUUGCCAAUUGGCUGUUAAGAGACUGUGGACAGCAAGGGCAACUCCAGAUGUUCCAGAAAGAGGAGAGGCCUCUGUUGCUAUAAACUUAACAUCACCCUGGAGGGCAUGUCCUUCUGUGCAAAUAAGAAAUGCGCGGCACACACUUCUUUGCAUCCACAAUCAUUUGCCAAUGUAUAUGCAGAUGAACUAGUUUCUGUACCACUGAUGUACUUCUGUAAGCAAGGUAGACUGGGUUUCUCAUCCAAUAAGGAGCUUGGCAUUGUUCAGUUUCUAUGAACUGUCUUUACAUAUAUUGUUGUUGUUGCUGAGUGCAGUUUUCAGAAAAACACAGGACCUGGAUCGUGAGCGCUCAGUGUUAGUUUACUGGGGUGACAGAAUUUCCAGUGUCUGCAUUCUGGUAUCUGAUGGAGUCUUGGUGUCUGACAUUACUCCUCCAAGUUCCCUGCCUACAGGAUGCAGAACAUCAACCCAUGAGGGAGGGUGAGUGAAGCCAAGUAUAUGAAGCUUAACAGUUAGCCUGCUAGACUCAGUAAUUGAAAAGUAUCCAGAGAUGCCUAAAGUCUUACUUACUUGGGGAGUCAGAGCCCCGUAGUCUACUUCCCAAGCAAAGCCAGAGUCUUUCUGCAAUUUGCCUUUUACCUUCCUAUUCUUUGUUUUUAUAAAUUGGGCCUCAUAUACCAAAUAAGACCUCUUGGAAUUCUCAAGGACUGGUUUGAGGAUCUCCCUGAAUCUUCAAAUGAGCUUGUGGUUUAAAAAAAAAAAAAAAUGCCUGCUCUCCCAUGAUCUAGAUACUAGUUCCUUCACUGUGUGCAAGUUCCCAUCUGAGUAUUUUGUCUGUGCAUUUGCAAUCUUGAGUAUGGGUAUGCUGUUCACAGCCUUGGGAGUUGGUUGGGGGUGGGGGUCAGGGAGGGGAGCUGUGUCCACACAGAUCUGCUUCCUACUCUCUUUGCCACCUGGUCCAUUCUCAUUACCAAGGUCUGAGCUAUGCCUGUUGCCACCUGAUUUCCUGAGAGCUAUGCUGUUCCCUGGUUUUGGGACCAGUGAGCUUGAAACACUGCUAGAAGGAACCAUAUGGGAAAAUCUUGGUAGAGCUUUCAGAGAGAUUGCAUCUGACCUAGCAUGUAAAAUUUCAGCCCUAGAAACUUAACAGGGGUUUAUAGAAACACCCCCAACUGAGGGUGAUUCACUCAGAAAAUGAUUUACACGUCUGAGGGCCGGUGUAUGAGACCAGAGCUACAGAACCAGGGAGAACAGGCUGUCCUGACGUGUGGACAAGCACAACCUCUGAGGAUAGCACACACUUAUAGCACAAAUACGAAUGUCUUCCCUCCAAGCUAGCAACUGGACUGGGCUAGUGUAUCAUACCAGGCCAUUUUGACAUUGUCUGUGUUCUGCGAGUAUUAACGUUAGCUCUACAUUGUUUCAAGCAGAGCUUUACCUUGAGAACUCAUUGUAGAUGGAGAUCUGUUUCAGUAGAACACUGUCUAGGCUCUAGCUCAGCUGGGCUACACUGGCCACACCUGCAUCAUGCUUGACACACUUAGAGAAUCCUGCAGGACAUGAAUGGGAAUAGCCCUAGAGAGCAUGGGGCAAGGCUGCCUCUCCCUCCAAAGCAAAAGUCAGAUGGGAUUGUUUGCCCAUCCUGUCUCCAGCAUAUCUAAAAAUCUCUAAAUCCUUCUCAACUUUAACACCUGGUUCUAGGGAUUUCUCAGGCAGCAGAUUUAGGAACUUCAGAAGCUUCGCAGAGUCUUAAAUCUCAAAUUAAAGAAAAGUUCAGACUGGUCAGACCCUGUUUCCACAGGAAGCUCUUCCUAAGGAAGCCAAGCCCUGUAUAUAUACCCACAGGAGUCAGCACUUCCAGGCAUGGGAUGACCCAGUUCCUUCUCCAAAGCCUCCAAGGGUUCCCAGACCCAGUGCUACUGUGUUGGAAGAGUGGACCAGAAGAUGUGUAAAGUUCCUUCCAGUUCUCCUUUGGAUUCUUGUGAUUUCAUGAAUCUCCAUCCCCUCCCUAGAUCUUGUAUAAUUGGCACCUUCUUGGCCUCUUUCUGUUGACAACACAGCCCUCGAGGGGUCCUGUGCUUUGGAUUCUAUCCCUGCAAAGCGAGCUCCUACCAGAGUCAGAACACAAGUCCAUCUAGGAAAAGUCACAAACGUUCUGAACAUCUCAAAGGAUUCGCACACACAUUUGCAGAUGCUCCACAGCCUCCACGUGGCAACUUGCCGACAGGUUACCGUAGCACAUGGUGUAACUCGCAGUCUACCUUUUUAGUAUCUUUAAUUGCAUUGAGAAUAGAUUCCUUUUCCUGCUCCAAUAUCUACAAGCAAGCAGUGUAACUCAUACCUUGAAUUUAGAGGCAUGAAAAUAAAGUCCCACCCCUCCUAGUUUGUAGGGAGGUAUUUCAUAGGCGGACAGUCUUCUGAGUGAGGAAGCGGGAGUAUGGAUACGUGGCUGCUUGUAUAGACCUCUCAUCCUGAAGCUCGUGUGGCUGCCUAAGUGUCAGCUCUGUGGUUUUGUACAGACUACACAUGCAUUGCAAAGCCUGAACCAAAUGACACAACCCACGAAAGCUUAUCAGAAUUGGGCAAAAUCAUUAAGUUUAGAAGACAAGGGCCACUAUAGCUGUCCAGCAUAGAAUUUCUUCUCAACUUCAAAGACAUGUCCUUGAAAUUUCAGCCCACUCAGUAAUGAGUGGGCCAGUUUUGCUCUAGAGAGAACACAUUUUGAAAAUUGCCAAAAAGUCAGAAGAAAUGUACUACUGUAUAAAGCAAAGCUGUAUAUACUGAGCAUUUUUAGCAGAGUAAUAUUUAUUUGCAUAGCCUAUUUAUUGUAUUUGUAUUACACUGUUAUUAAAUACCAGGAUGAAAUCACUGACCAGAAGCAAGAACUCUUGCCUUUGGAUGUCUCAUUGCUUAGGACCGCCGUGAUGCUGUCAGCUUGGGAUAACAAUUAGAAGAUAGAAAACCCACAGUCCGGGCGUCUACCUAACUUCUCAGGGACUACACCUCGUAGUUUUCCACCAUUAUAAGCGCUGGUAAAUAUGAAACAUUUGUUGAGUUACCAGACUGCCGUUGACAGUGUUUGAUUUCUCAUAGUUCAUGCUUUCUGCCUCUGUGUACAUGACUCUGCUGUGUAUUUAUCAAAGUAGGAAGCAAUAAUUUAUAUGUAAAAAUGGCCAAGCAAUAUAAGGUUAAAACUUACAUAAGUAACCAUUACCUUAUCUUGUAUUUUCAAGUGUUUUUUAAAUCUGCUUUUCCAAAUAUAAGACUAUGUUAAAGAUA